AUGGCGGAUGAUAAGCUAGCUAUUCGUGUUAUUUUGAGUUUCUUCUGGAAAAAAGGUCUUAGCGCUGGGGCAGCGGCAAAAGAAAUUAAUGAUGUUGAGGUUCCAGGUUCUGUGAAUGAGCGCACUGCUCAACAUUGGUUUAAGCGUUUCAAGGAAGGUGAUACGACCUUUGAAGAGAAACCAAGAUCGGUUGUCGAUGACGAAGUUUUCUCAGAAGGCAAAGAACACAUUCUAACGGCGGAUACACACCGGGCGAUGAUGACCUGGGCCUUGGCCAUUCAGACGAAGAGGGACGCCUGGGACAAAAUGGUGACCCUGGGAACCAAACCCGAAGAGCUUAAGCUUACUUACACAGAUGCCCAACAGAAGGCGCUCAGGUCGACGGAUGCACCCUCCACUCACCUGGGGCGAAAAGGCUCACUUCAGCUAAACGGGGGUGCUCAGAAAGCCUUGCGUAAGAUGGUGGCAGUGUCCUGGGAAAAGAGGAGAAACUCUACUUUUGCCGAUAUAGGUCUUCUGCGCCAUUCUGAAUCUACAAAAGAUGAACCAGAGACCCAGAAGCCUUUAUCUUCUUCCGUUUCUCCCCAAAGGACACCAAGCCCAUAUGCCCCCAUCCACGAGGAGGAGGAGGACGAUGCCCAGAAGGAGUCCUCCCCUGAGACCGAGUCAGCUUCCGAAUCCGAUCGUCUGGCAGCUGAACACCAGGAGGAUGACGAGGAGGAAGCUGAGACGACGUUCCUUAGACUCGAAGCAGACCGUUCUGUGAAAUGCGAGCUCGCCAAGUGCCUGAAUCGAGAGAACAGCUGUAAGCUGGCCCUCGAAGCCAAAGAAGCCCAGUUCGAAAAGUUGAAAGAAAGGUGUUCCGGAGGUCGUCGUGAGAUCGAGCAGCUGAAGCAGCAGCUGGAAAUGCUGUCCAACCGAAAUCGGUUUCUGAACGACGAGAUCGGCAAGCUGUCCAGAAUGCUGCAGCAAGAGCAGUUCCGCAGCCACAGCAAGCAACUGCAUCUGCACGAGCUAGGUGGAGAAGUGGACCAGCUGAAACGGGACUAUGUAUUUCUGUUGCAGUCUUGCAUACGGAUAACGUGCACGGAGGGACCAGAAACCACGGAGCUCUACAUGUACGGAGAAAAGAGGCACAAGCAGCGUGUGUUCGCACUCCUGGAAGAAGCAAGGAAGGUGGACCCUUCGCUCCCCAGUCUCGAGGGGAUGACUAACUCCCUGUGUCACGUUGAUUCCUUGGGAUUCAAACAUUUGUUCGUGGACAAGCAUCUGAUCCUACACUACGUGUGCCGGCAGCUACACAGGCACUAUUCCACUCAGUUGCGGCAACACGAGCGACAUGUCGCCGCCUGGCGUCGAUAUUUGAAGAAGCAUCCAGACAACGCCUUGCGCAGUACGCCCGAGUUGAAAAGUUUGGUGCGUAAAGGGGUGCCAGAGAAUUUAAGAUGUCGGGUAUGGAGUGCCCUCUAUCGGCCCAAAGUCAGAGACUUGCGGGAAGCGAAAGGAGCAGAGUACUUCCAGAAGCUGUGCGACAGGGGAGCGGAAGCUGAGUUACCCGAAAGCCACAAGCGCCAAAUCUCACUUGAUCUGCUGAGAACGAUGCCCAAUAACGUCAAUUUCUGUGACAGAAGUGCAGAAGGGGUAAUGCAAAUGGAACGAGUGUUGACCGCUUUUUGUCUGCACAACCCCCAGCUAGGAUACUGCCAAGGAAUGAACUUCUUGGUCGGUAUGAUGUUGCUGUUCGUCGGACCUGAAGAUGCCUUCUGGUGUCUGGUGGCAAUCGUAGAGCGGUACUUCGCUUCAUGCUACUUCGACCAGGGCCUGGUGGGUGCCCAGGCCGACCAGGAACUGCUCAAGGAGCUUCUGAGAGAAAAAUUGCCCGCCGUGUCCGCCCACUUGGCUGCCCUCGACAUCGAGCUCAGCACAGUCACUCUCAACUGGUUUCUCUCCGUCUUCAUCGAUGCCCUCCCCAUAGAGACACUGUUGCGGAUUUGGGACUGCUUCCUGCUGGAGGGUCCUAAGGUGCUGUUUCGUUUCAGUCUGGGUAUACUAAAGUUGCAAGAAGAAGCCAUCCUUGCUAGGCACGAUACCGUCUCCAUUAUGCGCCAACUGAAGGCAGCUGCCAAGCUUUGCUUCGACGUAGACGGACUCGUUUCGGCGGCAUUCGAAGAGUUGGAGCCUUUCCCCCGUCGUGAGGCGCUGUGGUCGCGCAGAGAGUCCUUCCGGAAAGUGCUGACGGAGCGGGCCAGGAAAAAGGAAAGAGAGUUGCAGGCCCUCAGGGAGAGAGAGAGAAUGUAUGCAGACAACGUGCAAGGUCGUCUUCCGAAACCAGAAGUCUUCUAUGUGGUGAUUGGCUCCAAUCCGGUCACGUGUCUCCAGCUGGUGGGUAGAAGACUGUGGUGCGCAUGCGGGCCUUCUGUCAUUAUCCUCAGCGCCAGGACCCUAGAUCUUCUGGACCAAUUCCAGACGUCCUCUAAUGGCCUGGACUACGUGUACAGGAUGGUAAGCGGGGAGCAAGGGGUCUGGAUCAGUCUAAGGGGCUCGUCUGUCUUGCAGCUCUGGGAUCCCCACAGUCUCACCUGCAGACUCUUGUACGACGUCCGGGACAACUACGGUACCAGGGCACUCAAAGUAAACGAAGCGUACACCAAUCAUGCCAGAAUCACUUGCGUACUACCACUGGACGCAACUUGCCUGGUGGGUACGGCAGACGGAACCUUGCUGGUUUACGAGGCCGUGGCCAGAAAGUCACCUUCACCCUCCAACCCUUCUUCGCCCAGGCCCAACCCGGAAGCCUCUGGUCACGCUCGUCAGAUUCAAGAAAGACUACAGAAACUGCUCAUUGAACAACAACUCUUGGAAGGCGAUGGUGAUUCCAAAACGAGCCGCGGGGAAAGCCCCAACCUCACUCCUAGUAGCAACGUCAGCAGACGAGAAAGCAGUGCCUCUUCCAAGGAGUCAGGUUCAGAUCCAGGUGGAGAGGAUGAAGAAGGGGUGGGGCACAGAAGAACAAUGCCGCUCCAAGUACCAGAAGCAGAACGAAGCCCACGCUUGUACACAAGAACAUUGAGAAAAACAUCUUUCGUGAUCGCCACGCCCAUUGUUGAAGAGAAAUCCACUAAGGAGGAAGGAGAAGAAGAGGAGGAGCUAAAAUCACAAGACAUCCAAAAUCUUGAUGCGAAAACGGAAACAUCUACAGCAGAGGCAGAAAAGCAGCCCGACGUUCCUGCCUCUGCAUCAGAAUCCAAAGAAGCGACGACAUCACUAGAAAAAUCUAGUACUCAGUCGUUUGACCAGUCGACGAAGGACAGUGAGGAAGAUUCUUUCAUCAGCAACCAGAGCCGGAAGAACUCAGAGCCCCAAGAAUUCCGUCGCUUCUGCCACGUGGACGCCGGCGACUUGGUGUCAUCGGAGGGUGGAGACAAGGUUGUCUCGGCCUUGGAAUUCCAAGGGGCGGGGCUCAAAGGUUCCAAGAAGCGCUACCAAUCUCUGAGUGCAGAGGACAUUCCUACCUGGGUCGCUCAAGAGAAACCGCAACCAGUCAUCUCUGCACGAGGGGACGUGACCUUCGAGUACAAGAGUCGGCUCCCGUCCAUCAAGGCGUUCAUCCGGAGGGAAGCAAACGAGUUGGCUACUUUCCUGAAGGGCCAGCAGGAAGGGGAAGAAGAGAAACCAGAGGAAGUGCCCGUUUCGAAAGGGCGUAAUUGUCCCCUCUUCAGCAUCCGCCCUCCCACAUUGGAUCUAGCAGAGCACCCUUUUGUUCACAGACGACCUGAUGAGGAAAAAGAAGAGGAUGGAAUAGCUGUCACAGAGGGUUUCGUUCCCGAAGACGUCCCUAAAGCACCCUGCCCAGAUUCUCGGCGCUCUUCGGGCAUUCCGGAGGGAGGGUCCACGACAGAGCUCCUUCCUUCUUACCUGGAUGAAGACUUCUUGAGUACCGCCCAGUUUAAUGACCUUCUCCAGCUGCAAGACUGGACUCGUACGUCCCGAAAGGGAUCUGACACCGCCAGCAAUGUCAGCUUUGGUUCAGCGGAAAUGCCCUUUGCCUACGAACUACACCUAAAGGAAAUGAUAAAAAUAUCGGACAAACCAAUCAGGAGCCUCCUGCAAGCUAGCUGCGAAGACGAAACAGUUGUCAUCAGCUGUGCCGGUUACUAUGGUGACGAUGAAGCCGUUCUUAAGUGGAUAAGAGAAGGAGAAGAGCGUCUGUGGACAAAUGAUCCAAUUGUGGAGGUGUGCCCUUUCACCCAUGCCAUGAAACCUUCCCCUUACGCCCGAUCUCGUCUUCCUCGUAGAGCUUCCAUUGCCACCAGCGCCCUCUGCGCCCCUCCUGGUGACACGGACCCUUUCUCUAUGGGGGCCCACAUCGAAAGUGGACUGGCCCGGGUGCAAAAUCUGCUGGCCAGAGUCAGCGAGAGGACCACAUGA